UGUGAAAAGAAAACAUGGCGACUGCGAUGGAAAGUGUUCAGAACAAAACAGAUAUAACGUUAUCUGUAAAUGAUAUUCAGUUUAAACAAAAAACUAAUGAAACAUUAUUGCAGAUAAGUAAUGAUCAGACCACAGAUGAAGAGCAAAAAACAAAAGACCCUGGCUUUAUGGAAGUUCCUUUAAACACAACUCAGAAGGAAGAGAGAGAGAAAAAGUUGCCCAAAAGGAUUCUUCAUUUCAGUGAUGGUAUUCUGGAAGAGUAUAGCACAGAUGAAGAAGAAGCUCAGGAUGAAACAGAUUCCACAGCUUUACUAGACACUAAGCAGAUGGCUUGGAUGCCUUACCUGUGGUAUAUGACUUGGUGGAUUGGAUGUCGAACCUUAGCUGGAUGUGACUUUGUUGGUGAAAAACUUGCACAUUUUUUUGGGAUCACUACACCGAAGUACCAAUAUGAACUAGAAGAGUAUCAGAGGAUGUUGAAAGAGGAAGAAGAGGAGAAGGAGAAAACAGCCGAAGAAAAUGUGGGGUGGAAGCAGGAAACGGAUCAACUAAGGAGUGUUGAAGUUGAACCUUCUGUAAAAACUUCUCUGGAGAGUAUACAAUCUCCAUCAGGUUCAGUUGGUGACAGUGAAGUUGUUACACCAGACGUUUUAUCACUGUCAGAUGAGAAAAUCCAAAUGGCCACCUCGGAUACUGUACUCCAGCAACAUGUGAACGUCCCGGAUGUCGCCGCAUCACAACUACGUGAUGAUACUUCCACAAUAACACUUGAAACAGAAUCAGACCUAACCAUGAUAGGGAAUAUAACCAAGUCAUCUGCACCAAGUUUGGAGCCUCACUAAUAUACAGAUGUUCAAAUGACAUCUACUGGUGAUAUGCAAUCUCAGCCACAGGGGAAGAUAAAAUGUUAUGAAACCUGGACUGGGUUUACUAAAACUUCAGGUUUUCAAACCUAGUUUUUUGUUGCAAUAAAAAUUUAGUAUUUAAGUAGUUGAGGAACAAUUUUGAUUCUAAUCAAACAAGUACUUAGUUUAUGUAAAAUUGUCUGUGUAUGUUUUUUCUUUCUUUUUUUAUGUAGAUUCACAUUAAUCAUAAACUCAAAAGCUUUGAAAUUCUAACAGCUUAGUGUACCUUUGUGAAGUAUAUUCUAGAUCGUAAAACAACCAUUAAAACUUUUUAAAAAUAGUUUUAUCAUUAAAUAUCUAAAAGUACUCAGUUCUUUGUGAUGAAGUUUUCAAAUUACUAGGAAUCCCUUUCUGAAGUAGGCUAAGAUAACUUUUUAACCUUUUUUUCUGAACUAGAUUCAAAAAGCCAAUAAACAUUUUUGAGUUAGGUUUUAACUGUACCCCAGUUUUAUUCAAGCUUUGCUAACUUAUGCUCAUGUGAUAUUUCUUGAAAGUUUAAAUUGUUAUUCAGAUUUCUUCCCAAGUGGAAUGAACGGUAA